UCUUUUCAAAUCUCAUUUCCCUGCAGUCACUGUUGAGGGAAUGGCUCCGCCACAAAAGAUUCUCUUUCCCCCGGAGAAGAUUUGCAUGGACUGGCAGCAACGACAGAGCGCUGGAGCAGGGCUCUACAACCUGGGGAACACGUGCUUCCUCAACUCCGUCCUGCAGUGCCUGACGUACACACCCCCUCUGGCCAACUACCUGCUCUCUCGGGAGCACAGCCAGUUGUGUCACCAGCAAGGCUUCUGCAUGAUGUGCAGAAUGGAAGCGCACGUUAACAAGGUGCUGCAUUCCUCAGACAGUGCCAUCCAGCCUUGGGAUGUCGUCAGUGUUCUCUCACGAAUAGGAGAACAUUUCGAGCCUGGCAUGCCGGAAGAUGCCCGUGACUUCUUACACUGUACUGUCAGUGCCAUGCAGACAGCUUGUCUGAGUGGGAGCAGCGACUUGGAUGCCUCUUCUCAACUAACUACAGUUGUCCAACAAAUAUUUGUGGGCUUUCUGAGAUCCAGAGUCAGGUGCUUGAGCUGCAACACGGUCUCCGAUUCCUACGAGGCCUUCCUGGAUAUUCCACUGGAUAUAAAAGUCGCGGAGUAUCCCGAGUAUCUGGAUCUCCACCCGUACAUGUCGCAGACAACUGGGGAACUGCUCCUGUACUCCUUAUAUGCUGUCCUGGUACAUAGUGGUGACAGUUGUCAGGAAGGACACUACUACUGCUACACAAAGAAACGGCUCCAAGAAAAUGACUGA